UCAGACCGCCAGCAGAAACUUAUAAAAUAAUUUAAUCAUUGAUUAUAUGGUUUUAAUCAAUCCUCCGCCUUGCAAACUUUCAAUUAAACUAGUGUUUGUGCAAACUCCAUUUUAAUAAACUUUAAUUAACAGUUUCAAUGUUACCAUAAAGAAUUUAAUAAAAAUUACCGCGUGAAAAUAAUAAAAAAUUAAUUAACAACAGUUGACCGCCUGUCAACAGCCUUAUAUCAAGUAAGCGUAAAUAAUAUGGCCGAUAUGGCUCUCGAUGAUAUUAUUAAAAAGAAAAAAUCACCACGAGCUCCUAUUAAGUCUAAUCGUGGCGUACACAAUGGCCCGGCAAGAGGUCGUCAAAGACCGAACAUUCCCGUGAGCACCCGACCAAAACGUCCUGAGGUAGUGACAGACGCCAGAAUGAAGAUAAUUCAGAAGAAUCGCGCGAAGCUGACAGACGCGAGAGAUAAAUUGGCAGAAAUUGCCAAGCAAUCGGACGCGAGGUUGAAGUUAGAGAAAUUGCGCUCCGGUUUUAAGAAACCCGGCAAUUCUUUUGGGACUAUUUCAAGGAAGUCGGGGAGAAAUGGUAAGUUGCAGCUGAGUACUAAUAAAAUUCCGCCGCUGUUGGGGAACUUGGCUCCGUACCCCUUGUCUGGAGCUGGACCUGGUCCUGAACAUGGGGCUAGGCAUGUCAUUCCGAUGAACCAUCUUGGGGGACAACCGAUGCCGGUUGGUGGUGGCAGGACUGUUAAUUAUCGCCCGCCUGUGGAUUAUCCGGAGGAGCCGGUGUAUCAGGAUGACUAUUCUAUGGAUCUCCAGGUUCCUCUAAGAAGAACAGUCAGCAACGAGUACGCAGCCCCACCUCCACCGCCGCCACUCUUCGGAACGAAGAAUAAUCCAUCAUACGUGAACAACUGGUCGAACAAAAACAGCGUAAACACUUCAAGACUGGCCUCGUCGAGGCCAGUCAGCAGGUCUGUGCGCAAAACCGCGGAGCUAGACCGCCCUAGACAGCUAAAAGUAGUAGCCCGCGCGCCGCAAUCUCUGCCGAGGCUAGAACCCGCUUACCACGACGAUGACUGGAGCUUCGAGAGCAAGUCCCGGACAAUAAUCGACGAAGAUGACCUGGAGGAUGACGACAAGUACUACAGGAGCUCCAGGCAGCCGGGAGUUAAGUCCAGGCUGGACAGCAUGAAGUCCAGGCCAGAGAUAAACUCUCGCAGCAAGAGCUCCUCGACUACUGGGUACAGGAUCGUGGUCAGCAACCUCCAGGCCAAUGUCACGCAGGAGGACAUCAAGGAACUCUUCGAGGAUGUCGGGGAGCUCCUCGUCUCGAGGUUAGUUCGACCUGGCACCGCUGAGGUCAUCUACAAGACCUUGAAGGAUGCUACCAAGGCGGUGGAGACUUACCACAACCGCCAGCUUGAUGGUCAUCCUAUGAAGUGCCUGCUGGUGAAUCCUAGGCCGAAGAACAAUCCAACUGCUCCUGCUGUACGACCUCUUUCUGAAUCAAGAAGAUCAGGAAGUACUAGCUACGUACAACCAAGUCUCGGCGCGGUGCAUCGCGCCCUUUUUGACGACUGCCAUAAUUAAAUUUCCAAAUAAGUUAUUAACUCGGAAGCCUCCAAUCAAGGGUACAUUUUUUUACAUAAACGUUGUAAUAAAUUUAUUUACUAAAAUUGUGUGUUGAAUAAACUUCUUGUUCAUUUA